AUGAAAGUGAAAUCCAACAAAAACAAGGAUUUUGAUAAAGAGUUCUGCAAGUACAAAAGACAGCCUCACCUGUGGAGUGGAUCCAGCAACAAAAGAAGUGACAACCCUGAGACUAGAACCAGACACGCAAACAAAUGUGAGGAAACGUUUCGGACAAGGUUUGAUCCCCGAAUCACUGCAAGGUAUGACAUCAAGGCUCUGAUUGGACGAGGAAGUUUCAGCCAUGUGGUGCGUGUUGAGCACAGGUACACACACCAGCCCUUUGCUAUCAAACUCUUGGAGGUCAGCAAGCACAAGUGUCGUGAUACAUGUCGUGUCGAACUUGGGAUUCUGCAAAGGGUCCAUCAUGCUAACAUCAUCCGUCUGGUGGAGGUGUUUGAAAGUCCUCAUCGUGUUUAUCUUGUCCUUGAGCUGGCCACAGGAGGAGAGCUGCUGGAGCGUGUCGUUUCUCGAGGUUCCUUCACAGAGCGUGAUGCCACCAAAGCACUUAUCAUGGUGUCCAAAGGACUAAGCUACAUCCAUGCACUGGGAGUAAUUCACCGGGACCUGAAACCAGAAAACUUGCUGUACUACCAUCCAGGGCAGGACUCACGCCUAAUCAUAACUGAUUUUGGCCUUGCCUGCUGGAGUCAGAAAAGUCAGAUGUGCAAAGUAAAGGAAUAUUCCAACAUUAGUUCUGAAGACCAGAAGUCACAUGACUGGGCACUGAGGACACUAUGUGGUACCCCAGAAUACCUGGCUCCUGAGAUGGUGGCUGGUAGGACAUAUGGAUAUGAAGUGGACAUGUGGGCCUUGGGUGUGAUCUCCUACAUCAUUCUAAGUGGUUCCAUGCCCUUCGAGCAGCGUAGCCGGCCUCGCCUUUUCACAGCCAUUCUUAGAGGCAGCUACAGCUUCCAUGGCCAACCAUGGAGCUCAAUCUCUAACCAGGCCAAAGAUUUCAUAGUGCGUCUGCUGAGUGUCAACCCUGAGCAACGAAUGACUGCAGAGCAAGCUCUUAAACACCCCUGGCUGCUCAACAAGGCCGCCUGCUCCUCUAACACGAACCUCCAUCGGCCGAUAUCACAAAAUCUCCGUCAGCGGGCUUCACGCUCUUCCAAUUAUAGCUCCAGUUCACACUCCAUCCCUGAGUCACAAUCGAUUAUGACUUCUCAGUCACAUUCACAUCCUGAUUCUAAACAAGUAGCUAGCAUCAGAUCUCAGCACAGUAUGGCAGUGUCUGCUUAA